CAAUUACCGUACGCACUCCUCCUUCCCCUCCGAACCAUCCAGCGCCAGGGUUUAGCUAGGGUUCCCCUAUUGCCACCACUCCGCCCGCGCCGCCGCCGCCACUGCAGCGAUGGCCGCCGCCGGCGAGGACGACGCGGCGUGGGAGCGCGCCAUCGACGCCGCCACCAAGGCCACCUCCGGGCCCAAGACCCUCACCCUCGACGGCGCCGUCAAGUCCUCCACGGGCCGCCUCCCCUCCCCGGCCCUCUUCGAGGGCUUCGCCGCCUCCCUCGAGGAGCUGUCCGUUGCGGGGGCCCGCCUCUCCUCGCUCCAGGGCUUGCCGCGCCUCCCGGCGCUCCGCCGCCUCUCGCUCCCCGACAACCGCCUCUCGGGGGCCCCCGCGCUCGCCGCCGUCGCGGAGGCCUGCGGCGCCACGCUGCGCCACCUGGAUCUGGGGAACAACCGCUUCGCCGAGGUCGGGGAGCUCGAGCCGCUCGCCAAGCUCGGGGUCGAGGCGCUCGACCUGGAGCAGUGCCCCGUCAGCAAGGCCAAGGGGUACAGGGAGAAGGUCUUCGCGCUGAUUCCCAGCUUGAAGUAUCUGGACGGCGCCGACGCCCAAGGCAACGAGCGUUUGGAGACGGAUGACGAGGACUACGUUGAGGACGAGGACGACGAGGAGGGGGAGGAGGAAGGAGAAGACGGGGAGGGAGAGGAAGGAGAAGAGGAUGAUGGUGAGGAAGGGGAUGAAGAAAAUGAGGAGUAUGAUGAAGGGGAUGAUGAUGAAGAAGAAGGUGACGAAGAGGCUGAAGACGAAGAGGAUGAAGCUGAUGAUGAUGAACUUGAUGCUGAUGCAGAUGACAAGGAGAACAUUGAAAGCAAAGCAGGAUCAUCCCUGCCGAGCAAGAGGAAAAGGGAUAAUGAUGAUGACACCAAUGGAGACAAUUAAAACGGUUAGGAAAAUAGUUUUUGCUGAACUUUGGAAGCAUUUGUGCACUGAUUGUUCUUUGCAUGCUUUCCGGGGCUUUGUUUUCAGACUUGUAAUAGACUAGAUCAUAGUGUUUGCUAGGUGAUUCCAUGUCCUGAGUAUCUUCUGUAAGUUGUCUGACUCUGAAACCAUGAGUAGUUUUGCACAUCCCCAGCUUACUCGUUUUCUUUCAUGUUUACUUCCUGAUGCUACUAUUUGAGAUCCCAGUUCAUAUCA